AUGUCGGACCCGGCGUCAUCUGAAUUCACCGAUCCCUUCAAGGAUGCAAACCUUUCAGCACCCCCCACGCAACCAAAGGUCUCUGGUUUAGCUGCCCCAGACCGGCGUCAGCAGCAAACUCCUCCAACAUGGAUCCCUAUUGCACCCAUUCAAUCACAUGUCAGCAUGUUCACUGGGCGAUCUGAUACCGAACCAUUGAUAUCGCCUUCGCUGUCAACAAAUUCGGACGAAGGCAAGUCGACAUUGAGUCCAGGGUCUAUUAACCGUGUCUUUCCUGUCCGUUCAACCGUUUCCAUCGAUCCUGUCGCUACUCCAAUGCCUCGUAUGGAUUCGACCAGUGGAUUUCCGGAGAUGAGACCUCCUGCCUGCCGAAGAGCUUCAAGUCGCCCUGUUUCUGGUCCUAUAUCCACCUCCAUAAGCAACAGGCCGACGUCCGAAGUGUCCGAAGUUGGCCCGGUUUCCUACGCUGCUGUCAGUGUUGAUCACCAGCUUCUAAACAGUAUCGUCGCAGAUGACGUCUCUUACAAAUCGGAUGUCUCGAGCACAUCUGGUGGGGUGUCACUCUUUGCGGCACCAGAAGCGGGUUUGGUCACGGCACGGUUCAAGCAUGUCGUAACCGAAGGGGGCCAUGCUGUAAUCACAGGAAGAGAAGGGGAGACAUUACAAAGAUGCGAAGAUGAACCAAUCCAUAUCCCUGGCGCCGUGCAGAGCUUUGGGCUUCUUGUCGCUUUCCAGGAAGAAAACGAAAAGCUAGUCGUGCGGGUCGUAAGUGAGAAUUCGGUCAAAAUCAUCGGCUAUACACCUCAACAGCUCUUUAAACUAGAGUCAUUUCUUGACAUAUUCGGCGAGGAGCAAGCGGACAACCUGCUAGACCAUCUGGACUUCAUUCGAGAGGAGGGUGGAGGGGACGUGGUGGCGAAUGGGCCGGACGUUUUUCUGUUGUCUAUCAAGCCUCCGCAGGCUCGAACGCGGAAGUUGUGGUGUGCUAUGCACCUGUCUGAGGCAGAUCCAAGCUUAGUGAUCUGUGAAUUCGAGAUCGAAGACGACGCAAUAAACCCGUUGAUUUCCCCAGACGACAUGACUCCCCCGGUACCCGAAAACACUCUUGGAGGUAAUCCUACCACUGAAGAACUCCUAGACAGCACUGUCAACGUCAGCAAACCGUUACGUGUGUUGAGGAGUGCUCGUAAGAAGAGGACCGAGCAAGCGGCAAUGGAGGUAUUCAACAUAAUGUCACAGGUACAAGAGCAACUUGCCAGCGCGCCGACCUUACAGACCUUCCUCAAAGUCCUCAUUGGAAUUGUCAAAGAGCUGACUGGCUUUCAUCGUGUCAUGAUAUACCAGUUUGACAACUCCUGGAAUGGAAGAGUCGUUGCAGAACUGGUUGACCCGAGGUCGACCCGAGAUCUUUAUAAAGGUCUGAAUUUUCCCGCAUCCGACAUACCCAAGCAGGCACGAGAGCUCUACAAGAUCAACAAAGUCCGUUUGCUCUAUGACCGUGAUCAGGAGACAGCCCGGCUAGUAUGCAGGACGAUGGAAGACCUGGAGAAGCCUCUCGACAUGACACAUGCCAAUCUUCGCGCGAUGUCUCCGAUUCACCUGAAAUAUCUCGCUAAUAUGGGCGUACGGUCGUCCAUGUCGAUUUCGAUCAACGCUUUCAACGAACUGUGGGGAUUGAUCUCUUGCCAUUCAUAUGGACCAAGGGGUAUGAGAGUGUCGUUUCCGAUCCGCAAAAUGUGCCGGUUAGUCGGGGACACCGCUUCUCGCAAUGUGGAGCGUCUUUCCUACGCCUCGCGAUUGCAAGCUCGCAAACUUAUCAACACCUCCUCUACUGCCACAAACCCAUCUGGAUAUAUCGUGGCCUCGUCCGACGACUUAUUGAAACUGUUCGACGCCGAUGUUGGUGCACUUUCUAUCAGAGAUGAGACGAAGAUCUUGGGCAACCCCAGAGGCCAUCUUCAAGAGGUCCUCGCGAUGGUCGAAUACCUCCGAAUGAGAGGGAUGAGCGCAGUUUUCUGUUCCCAGGACAUCACUCAUGAUUUUCCUGAUCUGCGAUACGAACCAGGCUGGAAGUUCUUGGCCGGUGUCCUUUUCGUCCCUCUGUCGACUGGCGGAAACGACUUUAUUGCGUUCUUCCGUAAAGGAGUGCUACAAGAAGUGAAAUGGGCCGGCAAUCCCUACGAAAAGUUCAUCAGAGAAGGAACUGAAGGCUACCUUGAACCUAGAAGAAGCUUCAAAGCAUGGAGCGAGACCAUCGUAGGUCGGUGUCGAGACUGGACGGACGAAGAGAUAGAGACAGCGUCGGUGCUCUGUCUUGUCUAUGGCAAAUUCAUCGAAGUUUGGCGUCAGAAAGAGGCAGCCCUCCGAAACAGCCAACUUACUCGUCUUUUGCUGGCAAACUCUGCGCAUGAGGUUCGCACUCCGUUGAACGCAAUCAUAAACUACCUCGAAAUCGCGCUCGAGGGCCAGCUGGACCAGGAUACCCGAGAGAACUUAGCUAGGUCCCAUUCCGCCUCGAAGUCAUUGGUUUAUGUCAUCAACGAUCUCUUGGACCUUACCAAAACAGAAGAUGGACAGACUUUGGUCAAAGAUGAGCCUUUCAACCUCCAGCAGAUGUUGAAGGACGCCACCGAUCCCUUUAUUGGCGAUGCAAAGCGGAAAAAUCUGAAAUUCGAGAUCAGGAUACAGCCGGAGCUACCACAACAGGUGAUGGGCGAUUAUCGACGAGUGCGACAAGUGGUAUCCAACCUCGUAGCAAACGCAAUACAACACACAAAAACAGGAGAAGUCGUCGUCGAAGCCUAUCCUUCACCCACUGCACAAGCGCAGGGCAAGACCGAGAUCGAAGUUGUCGUCGAGGAUUCCGGAGUAGGGAUGUCUCAAGCCAAAGUCGAUGCGUUGUUCAAAGAACUUGAGGAAGUCUCCUACGAAGAGGAUUUGCAGGACGAUAACCUGAUCACCAGCGAUCGAAUCACCGAGAAGGCGCAGUCCGAAAAUAUGGCUCUUGGCUUAGGUCUGGCCGUUGUGGCACGUACUAUUCGGAACAUGAAUGGGCAGUUGCGAAUAAAGACGGAAGAGGGAAAAGGAUCCCGUUUUGUCAUUGUUCUAAGUUUUGAUACCUGUGGCUCCACGCCUACCCAGAUCGGGCAUCCUCCUCAACCAUCAGACCCUAUUGCUCGACCUCCCACGGCUCCUGGGCAGCGUGUGGGUGAAGUCACCUUGAUCCACAAGAAUCUGCAAAAAGGUUUCGAGCCGCCUCCCAUGCUUCGCAGAGAAAGUGCGGGAAGUAUGAACAGCAUGACAAGUUUGAAGAGUGGCAAGAGUGCUCUCAGCCUCAAAAGCGAUGCAAGCCAAAGGAGUGAUGCGGACAGACUCAUUGACGCUAUUCAACAACCUUUGCAACUGUCCGAGCGAAAAAAUACAAGUCCUAGUCCUGCCGCCAAGGGCUCCCGUCGAAUCUCUCUCAAUUUAUCAGAUCCACCAUCGAAAUCCCCAAAAUCUAGAAGCCUCCCUUCUCCGCGGGAACUGAAGUCUUCGUGCCAUCGGACAGGAGGGUCAGAGAAGAUCAAAGACUCUGGGACCCCACUGCGACCUGUCCGAGUACCUGAAAGCCAGCCUGAACAGCCUAGUGGAUCAAUAUCAGGCCCAAAAAUCCUUUUCGAAGAGCCGGAGUCUGUUGCGGCUAGGUCUGAUACAACAGAAACCCCCAAACCCACGUCAUCCGAAAACUUUUCGGUGCUAGUUGCAGAGGACGACCCCAUCAACAGUAAAAUAAUGAGAAAACGUCUCGAAAAGCUUGGGCAUGAGGUCUAUACGACAGUGAAUGGUGAGGAGUGCUCUUCGGCCCACGGUGAACAACCUGCUUUGUUCGACGCCGUUCUGAUGGACCUUCAAAUGCCCAUUGUGGAUGGAUUCAGCUCAACGAAGAUGAUUCGAUCCUUUGAGAAAACGCAUGGCAAGUCAUGCCUUUCUAGCAGAGCCAGGCACAACGGACGAAUUCCCAUUUUCGCCGUCUCUGCUUCGCUUGUCGAGAAGGAGCACGACAAAUACAUGCAAACAGGCUUUGAUGGGUGGGUAUUGAAACCGGUUGAUUUUAAACGGGUGGAUUUGCUACUAAAAGGUAUCGUGGAUCAGAAAGCCCGGAAUGAAUGUGUGUAUGAGCCGGGAAAAUGGGAAAGGGGAGGAUGGUUCUCUCCCCAGGAUGAACAGCAUGAUUCGUUCGAUGUCGACACCAGGCCGAGUCAAGAGAAGCCUUUCAUGCAACCAGGUCCACCACAGACUCAUCAAAAAGAGACAUUGGACACCAGACCGGCCGAGCAAUCACCGCCUUCAGAAGCAGCUGUUGUCACAAGAGGUGAAAGGAUGGCAUAA